AGCUUCAUUAAAUUAUCGUGUAACUAUUAACAACGAAAAAUAAAAGUUUAUUGUUUAAUCGAUUUCGGGUUGAUGUUAAAGACAUUUGUAAAAAAUGGAGGAGUUGGCAAAGUUUUCUGUUAUAACAAAAUGGAUUAAGUUGAAUGAGGUCAAGAACGGCUGGUUUGUUGGAAAUGAUGCAAUUGCUUACAACCUUGGAAGUCAUAUUGUAUUCAUGAACUUAACUACUGGUCUUGAAACAUUUUAUCGAGCAGAUUUAACUAACGGAGAUGGCGUUUCAUGCUUGACUGGCCAUAAAAUCUUCCCGAUCUUUGCUUUUGCUGAAAACUGCUGGAACGCCAAAAUCUUCAUUAUUUCUUAUCCGGAUUUUACAAAGGUCUCUAUUCUUGAGAGCAAGGGGGAAUAUAUUUUCAUCAGUUUAGCAUUCUCAGAAACUGAACAUCUCAUUGCAUUGACGGGAAUGCCUCAUUAUAAAAUCCAAGUUUGGUUUUGGCGGACACAAGACAUGUUGAUCAAUGAGAAUUCUGAACUCAUCACUGACAAGCAAAGAAUCACCUGCAGCUCAUCGCUGCCUUUAACCGUUGCACAGUUUGCCUUUUCGAAGGGAAAACUUAUCGUUUGGGAAGUUCAUGGAACACAAAAGUUUUGCAAGCUUAUCAAGCGAAAGAUUUCUCUCGAUUUUGACAAAUCAGAUGGACCAUUCCAAGAAGUUUACUCGAUUGAAGGCAACAUUCAGAUUGUGAAUAGACAUGGUGACAUUUACUAUGUCAUUCCAUCGUCCAGAUCUGUGAAUCUUAUAACUAAAAGGAAUGGAAACAAAGGAGAUUUCAAUUCGUGCAUUGCUUAUAUUCGAAAUGGAAUUUUAGUUUCGGGACCUGAUGGAACUUUGAAGUUUUACAAAAGACAGAAAUACGUUUGGAAUGAGAUGUUUCAGAUCUCAACAUCCGAUGCUUUUAUCACUCUUAAAGGAUAUCAUGACAAUGAGACAGCUAUUGGCAUGACAGUCGAUGGAGGAAUAUAUAAAAUUCAUCUUUUAGAUGGUGCACCAAGUGUGGGUGGAAAUAACCGUCUUGAAGGCGAAAAACUUUCAAUGACAAAAAUCAAAUCUUAUGAUGCUUCUUACUCAUUUUUUGCAAUGAUUUAUCCAAAAGGAGAAUACUUAGUAGCUGUAAAGACAAGCAAUGAAAUUUUCUUGGAAUCAGUUGAAACUGGCGAAAAAGUUGCAAAAAUUAACAUUGAAAAUCAAACAAUUAUUCAAUCUAAUCCUCGAUUACCUUUCAUCGCUGUUGGCAAUAGUCAUGGUGAUGUGACUUUCAUCUCCUUGAAUGACCCAAAAGCUCCAAAAGUUUUAACAGAAUUUCUACUUAGUCGACGCUCUAUUAAGACAUUGAGAUUCUCGCAUUGUGGAGAUUAUCUCGUUGCAAUUGAUAAUGAAUUUAACAUUUUCGUGAUCAAAUGUAGUAUCGGUGAAACAAUGAACAUCAUGCAUCACUUCAAAGAGAGUUUAAACAUCGUUGAAUUCUUUGUUAUCGCAAGUCAAGAAAAGAUUGAGCUUUUGUUACUUUGUUCAGCGAAUGAUGAUUCAUUGAAUGGAAAUCAACUGGUUCGGAUUACAAUUCUCAAUGAUGACGACAAAAAUAUUUUCAAAAACGAAUGGAAAUUGCCAAAAUUUUAUAUGCAAGUUCUACCUUUUAUGAUGUCCACGUCAAAGUUCUAUGCAAUCAAGAAUGGUUCUUCUUUACUCGAAAUCAUUGAAAUAUCAGAAGAAGAUAAACUUGUUGUGGUUGAUGUCAUUGACACACCACAUCAAUUGAGACAUUUAGAAGCGUUUAAUGAUGGAAGACAUUUGAUAACAUGGGGAAUGGAUGGAAUUGUGGCUGCUUAUGAUUCUGACAAUAAUCAUGCUUUGUUAACGGCUUUUGUAGCUUGCAAUCGUCAUAACUUUGGAAUUAAAAUUGCACAUGUUGAUGCAAAAUGUAAAUACGUGGUGGUCAUAGAUCAGUCUGGAAAUCUCAUUUGUUCAACAUUAAAUGUCGAAAGAUCACUAGAAUCUUAUCAAAAUCUCAUCAACCUAAUUGAAAAUGAUGAACAAAAUUCAAUUUAUUUAUUUUCGCAAGACACUUCUGGUGGAUUUCCGGGACUUCAAAAAGAACAUAUUGGAAAAAAGUUUACAGAUCUUAAAAGUGAACAAACAUAUCAAAUGGAAGCCAAAGAAUCAGAAGAAACAAGGAAAAUACUUUUUGGAAAAUUAAAACGACUUCGAUCACAAAUAAGAAAAAUGCUUGACGAGAAUGAAAUCUGCCCAGAGGAUGAAAGACUUGAAAUUCAAGAUUUUAAUUUGGAUCUUGUGACAGCGGAACAAAAGGAAAGUAAUGCAAGAGAAGAUCGCAAUCAUGAAGAGAAAAAGAUGAUGGAUUACAUUGAAGCACAAACAGUAUUGAAUGACUGGAUUAUUUCAAAAUGUUGGAAUCCAAUGGAAGUGAAAGGAGCGAAAUUACGUGGAAUGUUCAUAAAUAUGUUUGUCGACAACUAUCCUCUGCUCCCAGAAGUUAAAGAUAAAGAAAUGGAACGAAUCGUGUUAUUACGUGCUGUUGAGAAUUCGGUUGCUCUUGAAGAUACUUUCUUGCCAUGGCGACCAAUUCCAACAAUGGAAUUGGAGAAAGUUUUAGCGAAAGAACCGGGGAUGUUUGAACUUAACACAAAUGACAUGACACAAUUUACCGAGCAUGUUAGCAACUUAAUGGGAACAAAAAGUUAUAAGCAAAUUAAAGUUUCUCCGCUUCAUUAUCAACAAUUAGAUGUUGUGACAUUUCACCAAAUGAGAAUCGAAAAGUUUUUGAUACAUAAAGAACAAGUGGCACUUAAAAAAGAAUUUAAUAAAAAAUUUGACGCAUUGCAUCGAAUGAAAGAAUAUCAAAUUGAUUCUAUUCGAUUUAAAAAUGAUCGGCUGAGACAUAUUCAAAGUGAGAUGAGAAUAUUGGACGAGAUGAAAGGAUUGAAACUUGAAUCGAUGCCACAGAUUCUUGAUCCUGACUUUCAACCAGAUGAAAUGCCCGAUACUGUAAUUAAUGUUAUUGAAUCAGAAGUGUGCGUAUCACCAUAUAUUUCUCCGAGUUAUAAGAAAAUGCUAGAAGAUCAAGAAGCAGCACGUGAGAAACGUCGUAGAGAACUGGAGGCUGAUGAUUUUCGUGACCGUGCUUUAGAUGCAAUGAUGGAUGGCGUAUUAGAGCACAAGUGGGAAGAUGAGAUUAAAAAGAAUCCAAAGAAACCGGAUUGUUUAAUCAAAAAUAAACCGCGAGAUGAUUUAACAGAGAUGGAACUUCGUGAUGUAGAUGAAUACAAUCAAAAAGUUAAACAAAUACUAACGGAACGGGAUAAAUAUCGACGCAUGUUGUAUGAAGAGCAAAAGCUUUUACAAUCAAUACUUGAUGAUGAAAUUCAUAAUUAUAACUACAAUCUUUGUAGUUUAAUGAUGGAAAAAUUAAAAAUGGACAUGGUUAUUGAGCAAGAAGAAAUGAAAUUGCUUUUAAUGACACAAUACAACUUCCGAAGAGUUUCAUAUCAGAAGAGAGAGAUUGAAAUUCGUUUAAAAAUGGAGCAAAUGAAAGUGACAAUUGAAGGUUUAAGCCAUCUGCAGGCUGAUUUGCAAGAUUGGAUUAAAGAUAUAAAAACUAACUAUGAAAAUCUUCAGAUGAAAGAUAAAACAUUAGAAAGACAGUUUAAAGCAAAUUUUAAUGAAGCCGCUCCUGGUGCACCUGUUGAUCAAGCUUUCAAAUAUUUUAAACGAAGACCAAAGCUCCAAAUGCGAGCUCAAAUUACAUCAUCAAUAUUACUUGAAGUUGCUAAGCGUGUCUCUAGUAAAAAACAGUGCCAUCAAGUUACACUUCUUCCCCCUGAAUGUCUUGAAUAUCUUCACGGCAUUGAUUUAUUAGAUCUAGUUUCAAGUUCAACAACCGGCAUUGAUUCAAUUUCAUGGCAAAUACUUUGUAAAAUGCGUCGAAUCAAAAUUGAGAGUGAAUUCAAAAUUAAAAGUUUGGGUUUGCAAUUAGCAGAUGCUGAAGCUACGCUUACUGCUUAUACUAAGGAAACAAUUAACAAACGCAACUACCUGCAGUCGAUUGAACGUUCACUUGUUGAAUUGAAGGAAGCCCGUGAAAAUGAUUCUAUAAAUCGUUAUGUUCAAUUGGUAAUGAGACGAGGAUUAAUUGAAAUACCUCUUACUGGCAGUUUUUCAGACUUUAAAGACAGCGUUUUGAUCCAUCGAUCAGAUGUUGACGAUAUUAAUCGGAUUAUAAUUAAAGCUGGCAUGAAAAAGCUUCGAGCUUUGGAAAAUGCUGCAAUGUUUCGCCGAAAGAUUUCAAUGAAAGAAUGGGAGCAUAAAGUUUUGAAAUUGAAAGUGUGUGAAUUGAAAGAAUUUGUCAAGACAAUCGAAAAAUGUAAAAUCACUAAAGAAGUUCAGCAAUGGUUGAAACGUGAAUGGACUGAAGAUUUAAGUGAAAAUUCGUUAAAUCGUCACAUUGAAAAUUCAAUUAAUGCACAUGAGAAGAUACUCAAUGAUUUAAUGCAAGAAGAUUAUUUAUUAGAUAAGAAAAUUACGAGAAAGAAAAUGGAAACUAAAGAUAUCGACGAUCAAAUUCAAAAAGUGAAUAUUGACGUGUCAGAAAAGAAUCUCAUGAGAGAUAUCGAAUUUGAACGUGAAGAAAUAAAAGCUGCAAAGGAACGAAUGUUGAUAAUUACUGAAAGAGCAAAAAUUGUUCGCCAUAUUCAAUAUCAACAUUCAAAUCUCUUACAACUCAAUACAUUACUAGAACUACAGCGUUUGAAAACUUACCCAACAUUGACAUUAAAUUACUCUGGAAGAUAUCAGAAAAGCUAUCCUUAA